CCUCCCCUCUAAAAAUUUUUGAACCAAACAUACAAAAUUUUAUAAUUCCCUUCCCUCCCCUCUCUUCCUAAACCCUCAAACCGAACAGGGGCCAGGGGACAUACCUGAGGAUCUGUGUUCCGCUACCUAACGCUGCCGGAGAUAUGCAAUUGGCGCAGCGCAUUCCACGGCGCCGCUUCGUCGGAUGCGGUUUGGGAAUCCAAGCUUCCAUGUGAUUACCACCAGCUGCUCGAUUUCCUCUGUUUCUGUGUCUUGUUCUCUGUGCAGUGAAACAAUGGACCGCGACAUUUUAGAUGUACCCAAAGGAGAGAAUUGUCCACAGAGGAUUGUGACAUGUGAAUAUUGCGAGUUUUCUCUGCCUGCUAUUGAUUUAUUGGAGCACCAGGGAGUAUGUUGGAACCGAACAGAAUUAUGUCAUAUGUGCCAUAAAUACGUGAGAUUUCGAGAGUGUUAUGGUCAUGAAAGCAGAUGCAGUAGUGUUGUUAACAACGUUGCUGAAUCUUCAAGGUUUUGGGACCUUAAUUGGAGUGAAGCAGGGAGCCACAAAACAAGAGGACAUUUCGACACGAUUGAAGGAACAAGUGUGAAAGUAAUUGUUGAAAAUGAGGAGCAAGUAGAACUUUCAUUCACAAGAACAUGGGAUCCUUCACUUGAAGGAAAGCAAUCUCCUUUGCGAAUAGACAGAAGGUUUGUGAUGCUUCAUGGCUCCCCAGGAUUCCACUCUUACGCUAUUUUCGAGCAUUUGGAAGACUUCCCUGGUUUCAACCUUAACACCACCCGAAUCGCGUGCAUGCUCAAUAAAGACCUGUUUCAUUACAUGGCAAUAUCAGAUAACAGGCAAAGAUACAUGCCCAGGCCGGAAGAUCGACUGCCUCCUAGAGGUCAAGAACUGGAGUACCCUGAAGCCGUGCUUCUUGUUGAUCCUGUCGACCUGGAAUUUAAAGGAGAAGUGGAUGACAAAUACCAUUACUCAAUUGAGAACAAAGAUAAUAAGGUGCAUGGGUGGAUAAGCUCCGAUCCACCGUUGGGGCUCUGGCAAAUUGCGCCGAGCAAUGAAUAUCGAAAUGCAGGACCUUUGAAACAAGACUUGACCUCUCAUGUGAACCCGACCACCCUUGCGAUAUUCGUCACAUCUCAUUAUGCGGGAGAGGAUCUUCUACUCAAAUUUCAACCUGGCGAAAUAUGGAAGAAAGUGUUCGGACCAGUUUUUAUCCAUCUCAAUUCUGCUCCGGACCGGUAAGCUGUUAGAACAGAACAAAUAUUAUGAAUGUUCUUCAAAAGGGCAGUAAUAGUUGAAGAGGUUCACCAUGAAGACAAUGGAACUAAGAAGGCAAAUCGAGAUAUGACAGUCUGGUUCCCCUGGAGUUCGGAAAUCUCACUCUGGUUCGCGCCAAUCCCUUCACGGAAAUUCUUACCCGGGCGAUCGUGAUGGCGUAAGCACGUCGCAAGUCAGCUAUCAUACCGGUUAUUGCAUUUUGCACCAAUAAUUCACCAAAAGCAAAAAAUAAUAGACAAAUAGGCAAAAGAAAUAAAAUUCUUGUGUGGAGAUUGCAUUUACAAUGGAAGAAGCGUGGGAUUAUACAAUUCUUGAUGAAAAUUCUAUUAGGGGCAGCUUACAUUAAUCAGGUGAGCAUAUCAACGAGGCAUUUGGAUUGAGUUUUUAGGUGUGUUGCUACAUCACAAGCAAGUCAUCAUUCGUUCUCUUCCUUAACCAACCAUUUAUAUAUAAUAUAUAUGUUUAGCUUUUGUUGAUUUUAUACUCUUCAUUUCCUUGUACUACAGUCUAUGAGAUUUGGAAAUUAAGUAUUUAUUUUACGGAUCCA